GUACAUACAAGAGAAAUAUCUUACGAAUGGAUAUGCCCGAGUGGACGGGCGUAUUCGUGCCGAGGAACUAGCACGAGCUACGCUGGGUGAAGUGGACCUUGCCGGAGGAACACGUUUUAAAUGUUCAAUAGACGUUGAUCUGUAAGAAAUGUAGCGGAUUAUCCGGAUAUGCCCUGAUGUUCUUUUGCAACCCUAGUCGCAGUGGUGCGAUGGAAAGUUCUCCAUACAAAAUCAAGAUCGACGGAAGUUCUCCCAUAUUCCCGAGAUGGACGACAACGCGACGAAACCGAGCGCGGCGGCCGCGAGCGGUGGCCCUAUCGGCGGCCACACAUGGACAGAACACAAGACUCUCGACGGUCGAUCGUACUACUACAACAAAAAGACGAAAGAGAGUGUGUGGGAACGCCCAGACGACUUUGUUCAGCCACCACCUCCACCCGUCAACGAAACUACCCCGGCACACUGGGAAGAGCGUCUCGACAAGAAGAGCCUGCGCUUGUACUACUACGACCGUGUAAGUAUGUUGAGCCAGUGGACUCGACCAGCCGGCGUCUCCAUCAUUAGCUACGUCAGUCGUGAUCGAUUGGACCUGGAAGCGUCCAUGCUCGAUAUCAAGCCAACGACGAUGACCUCCCUUGAGAAAGGCAUCACGCAGACUCCACCGUGCCGACCCACGACACAACCAAGUACCCCGACGCUUCCAUCGCUUCAAUCGCUCUCACACGCCCCUCGUCAAACGCCAUCGAUGGCUGUUUCGAACCCCGAAGAAAGCCCAGAUGGUGCGCGCACAGACAUCGAAAGCAGCAGUCCCAAACAACAGGGAAGUCUCAAACGUCCCCGCGAUGCCGACCAUGACCACGAAGACCAUGCCGAGUCGAACGGCGACACUGACGCCGACCGCCAGGUGCUCGAGAAACCACGAUUGUACAUGAAAAAGCUGUACAACAUGCUGGAGAAGUGUGCACCGUCCAUCGCGGGGUGGACGGACAACGGGACGUCGUUUGCCGUGUACGACGUGCCAACGUUUGAGCGGAAGGUGAUCCCGCUCUACUUCAAACCGAUCAAGUUUGAGAGCUUUGCCCGUCAGCUCAACUCGUACGGCUUUCGUCGCAUGAAGCGGCAGGGCAGCAUGUACGAAUUCAGUCAUCCCCAGUUCAUCCGGGGCAUGCAGGGUGAACUUCCCAUUAUCAAACCCAAGCCGAAGAAGGGGACGGACCAGGAAGAGUUCCUCACGUCUCGGAUACACGACCUCACCAACGUCGUGACGUCGCUCCAGGCCGACCUCCAAACGAUGAAGUCGCAAAUGGCGGCAAUGGACCGCAACAUGCAAGCUGUCCUGGCGUGCAUCGCCAACGACAAGCAAAUGGCUAUGCACAACUCGAUGGGGCAACCAGCCAAGCCGACCGUCGGGUCUUUUGGCGGCAACGCUCGCUACGGCCAGCCAUCGCCUGCCACAUCGUCGAUGCCGCCGCCGCCGCCGCUCCCGUCGUCAUUGGCAGCAACGACCCAACCUACUCCCCCACCGACCACGAGAUCCUAAGGACGUAUUUCUUAUCGUAAUAUUUUAUACCCGCCGCUUACUUUACUCUCGUCCUCGUGCAUUGCCGAGGCAGGCACGGACGACGACGGCGGAGACUUGAAACGGGACAUCGACGGAGAUGCAC